GUUCUCCACGGUCUGAUUGAGGUGGGCGGUUAUGUGCUGCUGAAGCUCUACAAAAGACAGGCUCGUCGACUCUUCAAGCACAUCCUCGACACACUGAAGGCCUCCAAGUCGACGUCGCAGUCGGUGCCUGAGUUGGCCCUCAUCACCUGCGUGGAGCAGUACCUGGAGACAGAGACGGCCUUGGAUGGUGGCUACGGUGUCCUCUUGGACAGCUUCUGGAAUUGA